AUGGCAGCGUCGCACAGCUGGAGUAGCAGACCGAAUGCUCCGGCUCUACAUGGCCGGCCUCCUAUCCCAGGGUCACAACUUCAGACAACUUUCCACCAUCCUGGCCAACGAGCGUAUCCAGUUCAAAGGGCACAUGUGCAUAUAGGUCCACGUGUUCCGGGAGAUGAGUUGAGCACACAGCUGGGAAAGGAAGUAGAGAGCAAGUUCGGCUUCAUUUUCCGGCAGUUGGGCUUGCUGGUGCAGGCAAACAAAACGAUGCUGCGUACAAAUGGAUGCUGGAAAUUUGCUCCAGAAUAUGAGGUCUUUUGUGAACAAAGACGUAUCAUCGCAGCAGCACUGAGGGAAUAUCCAGAAGCACCUGAACAACUACUCGGACAGCAUGCCGCAGACAUCGACAAUGCACUUGGGGUUGGUGGUCAGUUCAGGGAGACACUCCUUGAGUCGGCACGUCGCGCCCGAAGCAUGAACCAAGAUGCAGCACGAGCUGUCCAAACCUGCCGGCCGCCAGUGCCUCUAGGAAGUGUGCUCCUUGAGAUUGACUUGGUUAUUGGCCCCACUCGGCAGGUACACGAAGAUUCUUCUGGUUUGGAUAUUCCUGUUCCUGUCAUGACACUGACUGGUCAGCAAAUCCCUGCAGAAGAAAGCUGGUCAACCAUUGCCAGAAACUGCCAGAGCGGAGCCUUUGUGGAAGUCACAUCCCAAAGCUGGGAGCAGCAUGGUAAGUUGCGAAGCCAAAGCUUGCUGUGGUUGCAUGAAGCCCGCCAACAAGUCUUUCCUCAGGGACGCACCAUGUAUUUCUACGAUGGUUCAAUGCAGCAUUUUGGUGCAGUAGACGGCCUGCACUGCUAUUGGUUCCAAAAGAGCUGCCUGCUUCAAGUCGAGCAGUCGCUCUUGGAGGAGCAGUUGCGCCAGGUGAAUGCUGAAAAGAACGCUUUGAUGGCUCACAGCACGACCUCAACGUCCGUCGUCUGGGUGCGGGACUGCAGCGGCACCGUCGCCGAGGACCUCGAGGAACCCGCGUUUCAGCUGAAAGGGAAGGACCUGGACCUUGGAAAUGUUGAUGACCUCAAGGAGGCCAUCAAGACGAAAGGCGAGCUCAAGGGGUUUGCGCGCAAAAUUCGCAUCUACACGCGAGAGGGCGACAGCUGGAAGCCUCUGAUCGAGAUGGAGGAUGCACCGCUCACGCGCGGCAGCAGCAAGGACGACUGCUACGGCUACCUGCCGCCGGCGUGCGGCUCGGGGAUUGGCCCAGCUUGCCGUGAGCCUUGCCCUCCGUCCCUGCCCCAGGCGUGA